AUGCUCGAGACAAAGACCAGUAAGACGGAGGGGAGAGAUUUAAUGUGGAGAGCAAAGGAUGAAACGCCCAGAAGCUGGGAACACUCCAGGUGGGCGGGCGGUGACGACAGGCCGCAGGGCAACUUGGCACAGGCUGCUUGGGCCAAGCCCAUGUUUCUUGGAAUCCAGGUGGUGGCUCGAGAAUGGCCGAAAAGGGGCUUGGAGCCCUGA